UAAAAUAUGCUAGAUGAGCAUAAUGGGUGGGUUGGCUAAGGAUAAACAGUCUUGCAUGAUCCAUAAAUAUAUCAGCCAAUACUGUAAUUCUUCUCCAUCUUGUUCGGGCUAUUGAUCACCAGAGCGAGAGGGGUGGAAACGGAGAGGAAGAACUUGUAGGUUCCGUCUGGCCAAUAAUAAGAACUGCUUUGUAAAGCUUGCGUCACAGCCUUACAUGCAGAGCUCAAAUGUUGCAGCUGAGGAGCAGAGCAGAGCAGAGAACGAGACGGGGAAGUUUGCAAAAGGAGCAGGACUAACCGGGACAGCCCUGUACACUGUUUUUGUGUGCCUGAGAAGUCCUUUCUGCUCUUUUUGACAUUUCGCAACCAUUACAUUUGACUGUUUGUAGGCAUAUUUGAGAUCGAAAAGGACUGUAACAAUCAUGGAACUGCUUUGUCUCGAGAUGGACACCAUUAUAAGAGCCCGUCCUGACCCGAAUCUUCUAUAUGAUGACAGGGUACUACAGAGCUUGUUGACCAUCGAAGAGAGGUUUCUUCCCCAGUGUUCAUAUUUUAAAUGCGUUCAGAAAGAUAUUCAGCCUUUUAUGCGGAGGAUGGUGGCAACUUGGAUGUUAGAGGUCUGCGAGGAACAGAAAUGCGAGGAAGAAGUUUUUCCACUGGCUAUGAACUACUUGGACCGAUUUUUAGCGGUGGUACCAACAAGAAAAUGCAACUUGCAGUUGCUUGGCGCAGUGUGCAUGUUUCUUGCGUCUAAAUUGAAAGAGACGCGUCCAUUAACUGCAGAGAAGCUGUGCAUCUACACUGAUAAUUCAAUAAGACCGCAGGAACUGCUGGCAUGGGAGCUGGUUGUCCUGGGCAAAUUGAAGUGGAAUCUGGCUGCUGUCACUCCCAAUGACUUUAUUGAGCACAUUAUGAGGAAACUUCCGCUACCUGAGGAUAAGCUGGACCUGAUCCGUAAACACGUGCAGACUUUCAUCGCCCUCUGUGCAACAGAUUUCACUUUCGCCAUGUACCCUCCAUCCAUGAUUGCAACGGGCAGCAUGGCAGCGGCUAUCUGUGGCCUGCAGCUUAACAGCACUAACCACUCACUGUGGGGAGAAAAUUUAACAGAAUUACUCGCCAAGAUCACAAACACAGAAGUUGAUGUGUUAAAGGAAUGCCAGGAGCAGAUUGAGAGAGUGUUGAUGAAUAACCUGAGGGAGGGCCGCCGGCAACAGCAGAAACAGCAGCAGCAGGAACAGGGUGGCCCGCGCAGUAAAGCACUUGAUGACCAAGACCAGUCCAGCACCCCAACUGAUGUACGAGACAUCAACUUGUGAGCUUGCUGCAGGAAUAUUGUGAUCAGUCUACAAGAGGAGAAAAAACAAAAACAACAAAAAACAAAAACCACAAAAAAAAAACAACAACCACCCCAACGAAAAGUGCUUGCUAGUCUUUGUAGAGUUUUAUCUUUAUUUUCCAGUAAAAAUUGCUCCUGUAAAUGAAAAAAAAAAAAAAAAAGCUGUUUUAGAUACAAACAAAAUAGAUAUUUUUAAAAUGAUUUGAUACUGAUGCAAAAAGCUUUUCAGUUCCUCAGACUCUUUGAAGGGAAGCAUGUACAUGUAGUAUUUUGCUAACUUUUUUUUUGAUUGUGUAAAAAUAAUAAGAUAUUUAAUGCAAAAGUGAUAGUGUAAAGGGCUUUUCAAAAUAGAAAGUCUACUGUAUCAGACUGGCUUGAAAGGGUACAAAAAGUGGGGCUAUGUUUUUUCCUGUUUUGUUGUGAAUUUUUUUUUUGGGGGGGCGGGGGGGCAUUUUGGAAUGCCUGAACUUGAACACACAAUGAGGUGCCAUGACUAUGAAUGGAUGCACCCAUUCACUUGGCUGUGUACUUAGUGCAUUAGGACCAGAAAGAGGGAUUAAAAAAGGAGUGGUGAGACACAAGUCUUAUGUUAAGAACGCAGGGCUCUUUUGCGAGGACAACAGGGGCUUAUAUCACGAGACUAUUAAUAUCAUUUUAUUAUGAUGAUGAUUAUUAUUAUUCCUGUUAAUCUAGCAAGUUAUUGUCUCUCGAUGCUAAAGUUACAGACACUUCAAAUAAGCUUUUGUCAAGCUGCUUGUGUGCUUGAUGUAUGUUGGCUCAUGUGCAAGCGUGUACAAGUUACUCUAUAUCAAGCACUCUUGUGUGAGUCAUGUGGGCUUUGUUAAAUCUUCUAUCUGCAAGUGUUUGGUCAUAGAGACUGGUUCAGUGAUGGGCACAUGGUCAAAGGACUGGACAGGGGAUAGUACAUGAUUCCACAAUGCUUUGGUGGUCUCCUGUAUCAGUGCCUUAUAUUAAAUGCUUUUUUUUUUUACUGGCCUGGAAACUGCUUGAGGGCUGAGCCCAACCCAGUGCACAGAACAAGAGGAGGCAAGAACAGGGAGCGGACAGAGACGACUAUGUUCCCUUGUAUCUUCUAAAGGCAAGAAGAGUUGUUUUUAAAAUGUGUGGGUAAGGUUGUCUUUCAUGGCAGCCUCCCGCUAAAUAUUACAGUUGUAUUGUAUACAGACAGUUUAUUACGUUAUUACGUAUUUUGUUGUGAGUGUGUUGAAGGAGCCUUAGGCUGAUAUAUGGUUGGUCCAAUCAGGGACCGAAAAAAGAGUUGUGGAGUUGUUUGCAAGCAAAUGUAUGCUAAUUCUGUUAGCAGUAAAGGAAUGUGUAGGCAAGAAUGAUUGAGGACGAUGACGAUGAAGCUUGGUUGGUUUGAGGUUUGAAGCAUGCUGCUGAAAUGAGGAUGCGGAUAUGUGCUUUGUUAUAUGCUGAUAUGGAGAAGCAGGAAAGGAGGCCAAAGGAGAAACAACAGCAAUGGUUUCCAUACAUCACCUGAUAUUUAAGAUCUUUAAUCUAUUUGUCUGUUUAUUUGUUUGUCCUUUAGUUUUUAUGUCUCAUGUUUGAAUUACAGACCAGUAUCUAAACCAGUUUCAAUGAUACCGCUAGCACAUGACUGGGGAAGGUUACUCCAUCGGUUUCACUUCAGAGAGCAUAUCUGCCAUGGAUAACAAAUGGUUACGGUUAAGGAUUCAUUUUUUAUGUUUUUUGUUUUUCUCUCUCUCUCUCUCUUUUCUUUUUUGGGCUGGUUUCCCAUGUUUAAAUCAUGGCAUGUUCAGUUCAUUAUUGCGUUAAAGCAUUGGAAACCAAUGUAUGACAACAACAACAAUGAAAUAAUAUUAAUGCAAAUUAAACAUAAAAAAGACCAAAAAACAAACAAGACAACAGAUUAAAAUGGAAGAAAAAAUAUUUCUUGAUUUGCACGCUCCAAGGGCAGUUUUCAGUUUAAAAAGACUUGUGCAACUGCAACAGUGCAGCAAAACUUUUAUAUAGUGCCUUGAGUUUGAUGUAGACUUUCACCCUGUUUUGCUGAGCUUAAGCAUAAUAUCCACUACCCGGCCAUCCAAACUAUGCUGCUUCCAAAGGUUGAACUGGCAUGGGGUUUAAAAACAUCCACAAGUCAUUCACAGUGGCUAAAAACUGUGCAUCAGCAGCACAAAACGGCUUUCAUUUGCUGAAAUCUCACAGCUUACCUUGAAAAGGGGCAGUCGAGCUUAAGUUUGUGUCCAUCUAUGUAUGCAUGUGUGUUUGUGUGCAUGUCUUUCUGUGGGUUAAGGAGAUGUUUUUGUGAACUCGUCCAUAUCCUUUCUCCAGAAACAAUUCUUAGUGAUGCUUGAGUCUUACAAGCCACAUUUCCUUGUUCCUCACACCAAAACCCCCUGUCAAUCUUAAUAUUAUAUUAAGUUAGUCGUUCCUAUUAUUUUCCCAGCUCUGCUCUGAAAAUUAAUUACAGUACUGUUAAAAGAUUGUAUGGGUGGCUGAGUGGUUUUACUUUGAAUAUGAACCGAAGUUACAUUCCUUAAGGGGUAUGAGACUGUAUUCCAAAGUGAUGAGAGAUGGAAAUUGUGUGAAGACGUCAAUCAAGUGUCAAUAUUUUUAUUGAGUUAUUGUUUUUUCCGCUGCUAAAAAGCUAUGAUUUUUUUUUUGUUUUGUUUCAUCUUAUACACAAAAAUAACAUUACAUAGUUGUGAUGUCACAUCAGUGUGCUGCUAUUUUAUAAACAAUUGUAUUAUAAUUAUUUUACUGCUUACAGAAUACUUUGAGAAUACAGAAGUAGAGGGUAAAAGAAGAACAUGAAACGAGUAUUCAACUGGAAAUGCUCUUUGUACAGUGUGCUCCUAUUAAGGCAUGUUUCUUUACCUUUUAAUCUCUUUUUCCUCCUCUUCUUUCUGUCACAUUCUGUAAGUGUGGUAUCUCUAUACCUCAGGUUUACUGGACAUAAAAGACUUUCCCAUUACCUCACACAACAGUUUUUUCGGGAGCCUGGAAAGGACCGCACAAAUAAGAGGUUAUGAUAUUUCUGCUGUCUGAUUUAGUAAAUUCAGCGGAAAGAAUUUAGAUGAACAGCAAGGCUCCCACCUGGACUUCAGAAAUAGUGGACGGAGGAUGUAAUGAACAUUUGACAAUGUCUUAUGUACACGGCCCAUUUCAGUGGAUAUAAACCUGUAAAUAUCAAAUAAGCAACAACAUUGAGAAAAGCCCUCCUUCCUCCACUAUAACCAUAUCAUGUACCUCAGUUAUGUCUGCUGCGCAACCUCUGUUCAAUAAAUCUGCUUUAAAGAGUGUGGUGCUAUGUUGGUCUUAUGUUAUCGUUCCCUUUUAUUGGCAAUGUUAACGCUGAAAAUAACAAUGGGAAUCUAUCCGGCAUGUUAUAACCUGGUAAAGAGUGGCUGUAAAGAUAGUGUUGAUAAUCAGACACAGCCCAGAUGGAAAAAUGACACAUUUUAAAAAUAGAGGUUGAACUUUUCUGUUCAACAACGUUUCCUUCUAGAAUUAUCCUCUGAAUAAUUACAGCCAAGUCAGAAAUUGUCACAGCUGAUUCUGAGGAGAUGAAUUAUGAGGUAAAGUCAUUAGGGCUUGGCAACUCUGUGGAUAUUCUUUGGAUUUCUGUUGAACUCAAAUAAGUUUUCAGUGAGAGAUCAUGAAUUUAAAAGAGAUGACAUGCUGUAUGCUAAGGUCAAUAAACUUACUAUGAAAGAA